AUGGCGCCAAACAGCAAAGAUUACGAUCCCAUUCCCCCGAUACCAACCUACGACGAGGCUGUCGCCAGCAGCAGCCGUGCCAACAACGUAUCCCCCUCCACUCCUAGCCAAAACCGUCCUCAUUCCCCCGUCGAUGAUCCCCAUGCUCCCGAGUCCUCCGAGUCCUUUUCGCUUCUCCGAAACCCGCGCAAUGCAUCCGAAGCGUCCUCUUCACAAUCCUCGCAUCAGGCGCAACGGGGCCGUUAUCCCCGGGGCUACCGCCCUCCAACCGUUGAGACAGACGAUGAGAGCGGCUUGUUCAGCUCCUCGGACGAUUCAGACUCGGAUGCCGACGAGCGCGAGGCUGAUCAGGUCCGGCGCGAGAUGCAAGAGCUUGAGAUCGACGACUCAGACGUCCACGGGCGUAGCAGUCGCGGCGCGUCGCUGUGGGGGAAGCGAAUCGGCCGUUUGUCCCUGGCGCUGCCGCAAUGGCGUUGGAAAUGGCGCUGGAGGUUACCUGUUCCCAGGUUAAGGAUACGGCUUGGUCGAGACAGUGACAGCAGCGGCGAUGAUGCAGGUGGUAGAGGUGGGAGCGCUGGCACGGAUGGCUCGGGUGCAACAGACUCUACGCAGACGACCAGGUGGCGCUUCGCGUUGCCAAAGCUGGGGAGCACCGCGCUGUUUUUGCUGGUCGCCCGCGUGCUGGCGUUGAUUGUUGUCCUGGGCUUCCUUUACUUGUUGUUCGCAAGCAAUGUCUUCUCCGAUAUGGCGCGUCGUAUGGCUCGCCAGAUCGACCCGGAGACCCUCAGGAUACACAUCCAGGCCAGCGUUGACCCGAGGGUAAUCAGGGACAACCUUAAGCACUUUACGAGCUACGCCCAUCUUUCAGGAACAGAGGGCGAUUUUGCUCUGAUGGAAGAUAUCGAGCUGAUGUUCCAGAGUUAUGGCCUGGACGAGGUCAAACGUGAUGUAUAUCACGUUUACCUAAACUACCCUAAGGCUGACGGGAGGGCCGUUCAGGUUUUAGGCCCCGAUGGGAAGCCCACCUGGUCCGCAAAACUGGAAGAAGAAGAAACGCACAGUGAAACGGCAGGUCACCAGACAUAUGCCUUUCAUGGCCAUUCCAAGUCUGGUACGGUCAAAGGACCACUGAUUUAUGCCAAUUACGGCACCAGAGAGGAUUUUGAGAUGCUUAAAAAGAAAGGAAUUGACACCAAGGGCGCCAUUGCCCUGGUUCGCUCGCGUGGGUCGCAGGACGACCCGGCGUUGCAAGUCAAGGCUGCCGAAUUGGCAGGGUUCUCCGGCUGUCUAAUCUUCAGCAAUCCCGGAGAUCAUGGGCGUUUCCAACCACAGUCCGGUGCGCCCAAUGGCCCCCAUCUUCCCGCCGAUGGCGUGGAAAGGGCCUCGGUAAGCCUGAGAAACUGGGUUGUUGGUGAUGUCUUAACUCCUGGAUGGGGCAGCAAGGAGCGCAUGCCACGCAUGAAAGUAGACCAGACUAAGGGCCUGGUGAAGAUCCCCAGCCUUCCCUUGGCUUGGCGAGAUGCUGAGCCCCUCCUCAAACGGCUCAAGGGCUUUGGUGACCCUAUCCCCGACACGUGGAGCAGUUCGGCUUUUGACUACAAGGAUAUGUGGACCGGCAAUGCCUCCUCGCCCAUCGUUCUGCUCAAGAACGAGCAAGACGAGAUUGAGAAGCAGCCUAUCUGGAAUGUGUACGGCCGCAUUGAAGGCAUCGAGCAGGAGGAAAAGAGGGUCAUCAUCGGCAACCACCGCGAUGCGUGGGGUUUCGGUGCCGCCAGCCCGCAUUCAGGUACAGCCAUCAUGCUCGAGAUCGCACGCAUUAUGGGCGACCUCGUUGCACGUGGCUGGCGCCCGCAGCGCACCAUCGAAUUCAUGUCUUGGGAUGGUGGUGCCCAAAACCUGAUUGGCUCUACGGAGUACGUCGAACAGAACGAUGAGAGCCUGCGGAAGGACGCCUUCGCCUACAUUAAUCUCGACAAGGCGGUAUCAGGGGAUACCUUCCGCGCUGCCGGCUCUCCUGUCUUUCACAGGCUUCUUCUCCAGAUCCUGAAUCGAGUUGGUGAUCCCUUCUACAACACUACCUUACGCGAUCGCUGGGAGCAACGCCAAGGACGCAUCGAAGGCCUUGGGACCGACUCGGACUACGUUGCCUUCCAGGACAUUGUCGGCACCUCUUCUCUCGACCUUCACUUCGAUGGCAAGGGCUACCCCCGCCAUUCGAACUGGGAUAACUUCGACUGGAUGGAGCAGCACGGCGACCCCGGUUUCGUCUACCACGCCCUCCUCGCUCAGGUUCUUGGCCUACUGGUCCUUGAGCUGUCCGACAGACUUGUGCUUCCGUUUGACAUGAUCUCCUACGCCAGCAGCUUGUCCACGUGGACUGAUAAGCUCGAGUUGUGGGCGGACGAACAGGGCGCCAAGAAGGCGGCUAUCGGCCCGGAAAAGAAGCCAUUCAGUCUCGCCGCACUCAAGGACGCUGUUAAGGAGGUCGACAAGUCGGUUCACGAGUUCAUCAAGUUCGAGGUGGCAUGGGAGAACAGCGUCAUGGCUUCCAACGGGUGGGAGCCCUCCUCGACUGGCCGGCAGCGCUGUGAGUACAACUCACGCAUGGCCAAGUUCGAGUCUGAUCUGCUUGACUUGGACGGGAUUCCGAACCGUACUCAGUUCAAGCACGUCGUCUUCGGUCCCCUGCAAUGGUCGACGGACCGGGAUGCGUACUUCCCUUCUAUCCGAGACGCCAUCCUUUCGGGUAACUGGACUCAAGCUCAAUUGACUGCCGACAAGGUUGCUGGUAUCAUCAAGCAAGCCGCAGCCAACCUUGUGGAAGGAAUGAACUCUUCAUAA